AUGUUAAUAUGGGGUUGGGAGUUUAAAAAGUUUUCAUGCCCCAAUCUUACAGUUAUAUGCUUUUCCUGUAGGAGUUUUGCUGCUGUUAGUGUGGAUCCUGCUAUAAUGGGUGUAGGCCCAGCCGCCGCAAUUCCUGCUGUAGUGAAAGCUGCUGGACUUGAGCUUAAUGAUAUUGACCUAUUUGAAAUAAAUGAGGUGGUGGGCUUCAACGAAUGCAUUUGCAUCGCAGUAUGUUUAUGUAUUAAGAAGCUGGAGCUCGAUCCAGAAAAACUUAAUGUGAAUGAUGGUGCACUUGCUCUUGGGUAUCCUUUAGAUGCUACAGGUAUUCACUGUGACAGUUUUUGUGAGACUGAGUUUAUGUUUUAA